GACAGAGAGAGAGGGAGAGAGACAGAGAGAGAGAGAGAGAGAAAGAUUUGCACAAUAUUGCAUUGUAUUCAGAUUAUAACUAUAUGCUGGAUGCCAUUAAGAGAAAUUUUUUUCAAAAACUUUAUAAACGUAAAAGUGAAAAACGAGAAAUUGUUCUUGAUUGUCAUUAAGUCAUGUUAUAAAUGCAACAUUAAGCUUAGAACAACAAGAUACUAAUAAUAAACCACAAUCAGUUGUUAGUAUUUCAGUAGCAGCAUUACUAGCUGAACAAUAGGUUCAGGAACAACAAGUUUAAAAAAACUUUGUUAAAAAUUAAAUAAAUAAAAAAAGUUUUUGAAUUCAGUGAAAAUUCGAUUCUGUACAAAACAAACUAGAAAUGCUUCAAGUGUCAACAAUCUUUUUUCUUAUUAUCGUGUUGAUCGCAUCAAGUCGUUAUCACUUGACGUCAGCAAACGGUCCACAAGGAUUUACUACUGCUAACCAUGAUCCGAAAAUUUUGCUAAUAAGCCACGAUCUUAUACCAGAUAGCGCAGAAAACUCGCCUAAAAAAGUACUACGGGUCAAUACAUUAAAAGGAUCAUCCUUAGGCGAAGAUCAUCGAAUAUCUAUUAAAAAUUCCUCUUUGUACAAUAUUCAAACCUUCUUAGCACCGCCCAGUAAACCUAAAUAUUUGAAUUCCCGAGAUAUGCGCGUUAAACAGAGUUUAGCAGAGGAAGAUAAAUUUCUUAAACCGAAAUUGCUUGAGCGUCGUAAAGAACUUAAUUUCCUCUAUAAUCGUAUGAACAGUGAUGUAGCCGAAGGUUCUGCGCCUAUUCAUUUGGCACCAGGCGCAUACCCUGUAUAUUAUGUAAUGUCGAAAAUUAAUGGACAUUUUGGUAAACAAACAUUAAAGAGCUUCAGCAGCACAAAAGAUUUUAUGAAAUAUUUAAAAACAAAGAAAAUUGAAAAUUUCAAAGCGAAAAUCAAUUAAAUAUUA